GAAAAGAGUCGAAUCGAAACAAAGGUUGGUUCUAUACUGACCUGGACUGUAUACAAGUGGGCUAAUUAUAUUUUUCACAGCCUUGGUUCACCAGAUGAAUCGCCGUCAUUCAAUCCAAGACGUAAUCCAUACCCAAAUCCAGGGUAUCUAGGGUCGUCCAGCCAUGCAGCUAUAUUCAAGCAUAUCACUCCGGACGGAGACCAUGGCCCCGGAAAUCAUCAAGUAGUACCAGAGGAUCUGCACUCGGACUUAUUCGGGGACAAUCAUCUAGUCUUACAAGGCGCAGAUAUCCUCAAACAUCUUUUGACGACAUACAAAUUGUCCGCCAUGAAAGACCUCGUCAUGUUCUGGCUAGCCAAAGGAGCCAACCUGGCCCUGGCAGAGCCAUUUGUUGACCAAUGUGCGCAGAGUGUGAGCCAAUUGUUCACCUCUCACGACGACAGCUGGCAUCUAGUCUAUGCAAGGCGACUUUUGCAGAACUCGGCCCAGCCGCUGCACUUUAAUGAGACCUCUGACCUGGCUGAUUUUUCGGCUCAAUUUCUAGAUCACAAUUCUCGUUGGGAGACCUUGGGGAUAUUCUUUGCUGCUGUCAGUCGAGCGACAAUUGACAUUUCCUUCUUCCCGUCUCUGUACAUGACUGCACAGGAGCAGUACACACUUCGAAGACUAUGUACCCAACUUUGUGACUUUGCAUUGGAGAUAUCCCUCUCUCUAGAUUGCCUGAACGACCUACAACUGAUCAUGCAAUAUGAGAACUUUAUCGUUCAUUCCUACGUGGAUGGAGACCAGAGCUAUCGUUCCUGGCGCAAACUCGGCGACGCAAUAUCCUCCACAUAUGCCCUAGGCUAUCAUGAGAACAUCGAAAUAAAACCAGGACUCCCGCCAUUCCUUAAAGAACUGCGCAAAACAGCCUUCGCGCGCAUCUACUCCGCAGACAAGAACAUAGCAAUAUUCCUCGGCCGCCCACCACGAAUGAACAAACGCUUCUGCCACUUCCAGAUCCCAUCCUGCCGGAACGCAGAAGAAGGCUCGGCAGACUGGACUCCGGAUGCGGAGUCUGGGUACCGGGCUGAUACGCGGUGGUCUGCAUUAUGUGCGUCACUGAAGGAGGAGAUCUGGGAGCUUCUCCAGGACAAACAUGAUCCGUCAUGCGCGCAACGAGCAGGGAAAUGGCACAGCGUGAUCCAACGCCAAGCAGAGACGCAAUGGCAAAACCUACCAGCCCACUUCCGACUCGAGACCAGUCUGAAGCAAUGCACACAGGGACCCUUUGAGCGCGACUUCGUCGCUGGCGUACGACUGCACCACUUGCAUGUGCUAUUUUUGCUUCGUCUUUUGCUUCUUAAAUCACCGACUGAGCCCGAUCUACCGAUUAUCGAGACGGCGGGUCAAAUGCUCACACUUGUGGUGGAGAUUAUUUUGCUGCGGGAUCAGCUAACUAACUCUGGGACAGGUCUCAUCUGGAAGGUUGCAUACUACGGUCUCCCCGCUGCGGGGAUAAUGCUUUUGGCAAUGCUGAAACAGCACAUGCCACGAGCGCACCGGACAAGAACAUUACAAGAUCUCAGUGUGUUUGUAGCGGAGGUUCAAAUCGGGACGAUUGUCAAAGCCGGCGAUCCGAAUUACGCGUUGCUUUCUAAGGCUACACGGGCUAUACAACGUUUUCUAGACUCGACUCAUUCGGACCCGGCGCAGCCUCUGCCUGAGCAAACUGGGGUUGAGGGCAAUGAUGAAUGGGCGUCGCUGUUGAGUCAAGAUUUGUGGGAUUUCGAGGCUGGAUUCUGGCAGAGUCUGGCGGAUCACCCGUCUUUGUUGGCGAUUGAGCCGUCUUUGCCUCCUGUUUAG